UAAACAAAUAGGUCAUUAAAUGGGACGACAUUAUUUGGAUCUUAGACUUAGAUGGUACAAAUAUGUAACCUGCUUGACACAUGUUCAUAAAACUGACAGAUUUUGAUAAUUCAUAGUAAACAAUGGCAGCAAGGAGAGGAAUAGGGAAUAUGGCACAAAGAACAUUGAUGGUUUUGAUAGAUCUUGAUGAGACCUUGGCAGCAUUUGAAAAGCAUUUCAUGAUCAAGUUUAGAGAAAAAUAUCCUAAUGAACCCUAUAUUCCAGCAGAGAAGAGAAACACAUUUUAUAUUGCUGAUCAGUAUGAUAAACUGAAUUUUACAGAUGAUAGUGUUAGACUUGGAUUAAAGAAGAUUUACAGGAGUGAACAUUUUUUCCGUGAUUUACCAGAAAUAGAAGGUGGAUGUGAUGCUGUAAAGGAAAUGGCAGAAAUGGAAGGUGUUGAAGUUUUCAUUUGUUCUAGUCCACUAUUCCAGUACAAAUACAGUGCACCAGAAAAAUAUGAAUGGGUAGAGAAACAUUUGGGACCAGAUUGGAUUAAUCGGCUGAUUUUAACGAGAGAUAAAACUAUGAUUAAUGGAGAUAUUCUGAUAGAUGACAAGAGCAAUAUAACAGGUGCAAUGAAUCAUCCUUCCUGGAAACAUGUUUUGUUUACUGCUCCAAAUAACCAAAAUAUCAAAAUUAAAGGAGAUAAGUUACGCCUUAACAAUUGGACCGAUGGAACUUGGAGGACAAUGAUUGAAGAUUUUAAGAAACGACUUUGAUGUAGACUUUACUUAGCUUACAAGUAAUUUUAUUGGUUGCACAUAUCAUGCACCUCUUAUUACACCCUACCAGUACCCCAAGGGAGUAUUUAAUAGACCUUAUAGCUAUUUGGUAAUUUACAACUAUUGACCAGAGAAUCUGCGCACUUGAACUAUUGAUGUCAUACAGCAAUUACUUUUUGUUUGAGGUGUCAGACUUUUCUAUUGUGACAUCAACAUUUUACAGGAACCUUUAAAAUGUCCAGGAAUGGCUUACAAAAAGGAAUAAGUUGUAUUGGUGUUUAAUUUGAAAUUAAUUUUCUAUAUAUUUUUUUUGACUUUACAUUUUGAUUAUUUUUUUGUUAUCUUUGAAGUUGACAUUUUAUCAACAGAUUAUUUACUGCUAUUUUAUCUUUUAUACUGUUACAAAGAAUUGAUGAUUUGGAAUUAUAUACUAGUACAUAG